AUGAAACUGGAUCGAUAUAAAGCUUUCGUCACAUAACCGAUGCCAUCAGUUUGAAAGAAUUUAACGCAAGUGAUAUAACCAAAAAUUUCAAUAAAACUGAAAAUGAAAGCUAUCGUGAUAAUUUGCCUUUUUGGAUUGGUCUUGGCUGUCUACAAUGCUCAAGCCGAUGCCUCUGUUGAGAAUGUUGACGACGUGAGCGAUAGUGAGAGUGAUGAAUCCUUGCCAGAUGAUGUGUCACCCGAGGAUGAGGAAUCUGAUGAGUCACCUGAAGACGACGACCCGGAGGACCUAGACAGCGAAAGUGAUGAGAGUGAUGAAACUGUUGAGACUCGGCCACCACAAUAAAUUUUCUGUUGUUUAAAUAAAUAUUAAUUUAGUAAGCGA